AUGGAGAAACGGAGAGCUGGAGGCAAUCGCGAUGGCUACUCCGCCACAAGCAUGCGAUGUCAUGACUUUCAGCCAACCGUGGGCGGCAAGGGUGUCCUUGACGCUGGCCUCAGCUUCGAGGCCACCUGGACGAUGGAAGCUGGACAUCCGGGCGAUUGCUAUUUCUACUUGAGUUAUGAUGAUCCCAGCAACGCGGUGAACUUCUUUAAGAUCGCAGCCAUACCCGGGUGCGGAGCACCGGAUGGCAUCAAUAUCCCCUCUAGCGUGACGAUGUCAGUGCUGCUGCCAGCUGAGCUCCCCGCUUGUGACCACUGCGUGCUGCGCUGGGAGUGGACCGCGCACCAGCAGGUGAGUGACAUCGAGUUCUACGUGCAAUGCGCAGAUGUGAUUAUCCGCAGCACUGCCGGCAAUCAUCUGCCCAGCCCAGUAGUGGCCAUCUCGGGCAUCGAGCACCUGCCGCAGGCUGCUGACGGCUACCGCAAGGCCAUGGAAGUGGCCGUUAAGCGCGGGUCAGGGUUUUGGUUUCCGGUCUCACCAACUCACCCACUCUCAUCCCAAUUGACUGGGAAAAGUCCGAUCGGUCUAUCGGCCCGUUUCCUGCGGUAUCACGUAUCACGGAAGUGGGCAACCCUGAAGGCCUACCAGGGCGAGGGUCCGGAGGAGCAGUAUUUGGUUGGACCGGCAGUGGCCACCUUUAGCCCUUGCUCUGCAGACACGCCAGGUUGCCUCGUCGCCAGUGGAUCCAGCACAACGUUUGGGUUCUCAGGCACGACCACCACGGUUGACCCCUCGGACACGGCUACGACGGUUGACCCCUCGGACACGGCUACGACGGUUGACCCCUCGGACACGGCUACGACGGUUGACCCCUCGGACACGGCUACGACGGUUGACCCCUCGGACACGGCUACGACGGUUGACCCCUCGGACACGGCUACGACGGUUAACACCUUGGACACCGCCACCACGGUUGGCACCGCUGAUGCAGGUAACUGCCCACACGCAGGCGAGCUGCCUUCCUUUGUGUCCGAGUGCUACUGCGGCUUCAUCUCCAGCCCUGCGGGCGAUGGCUGCGGCGCGGACGACGGCACGGCCUGCUGGUGUCACUGCUGCUGCAGCUUCUGGGGAGGUGGCUGCCGCUAUCAGCAGCCAGUGGUCCAGCAGGCCUCAGCAACACUUAGAGCUGGCCAGGCUGGGGUGUUUGGACUGCUGACGGGCCUGACGGGAGUGGAGCCCUCCACAUUUGCUAUCAUUUGCUGUCUCACUUCGACCCAGGCUGCCGCCAACUGCCGCCGCGCCUUGCUGAAACGUCUCAGAGACGGAGACUGGCGAGCGCAGGACGCUAGCGAAGGGUGUGAGGAGGAGAUCAUUGACGACGCCAGGGUUGAGGGCACCAUGAUCUACUUGCCUCCAGAGGUGGUGAACGGCGGUGCGCCUACUCUGGCCUCUGAUGCCUGGGCACUGGGGUGUUUGACCUAUCAACUGCUCACGGGGCGUCCGCCGGUGUGGGUCAGAGCCUUGGCCGGCCGAGUAAGGUUCCGGAUCCUUCCAACUGCCUUUCUCAAGGUGCGAGGGGAGCCACUGGAGGCAUUUCUGGGAGAUUUGACACCUGACAGGCCACUAGUUAAGCAUCGGGCGCUUGGCUGUGUCACUGACCAUAUGGCCAAUCUUGGCUCCAGCGGCUUCACCGAGAAGCUGAGUGCCGAUCACUUUCGGUCGGCGAGACGCGCGAGAUGCCCGCUGGAGCCGGCCUCCACGGGCCCAAUGGCGACCUGGAUGGAGCGAAGCUUCGAUCUGGCGAUUCCGGAGAAGAGCCUCUGCCUGGAUGUCCAAGACGAAGGCUCCGAGUUUCAGAAAUUGCUGGCCCGCCUCGAAAUGCAGUAUAUGCAGGAAGUGGUUUCCUGGAGCAAGGAGAUGAAUCUGCUUCGCAAAGAGAACCUGCGGCUGCGGGGCCGACAUUCGGGCAGCUUUUCGCCUGACCUUCUGGCAGAAGGCGAAGGUCCCACGUCAUUUUCCGAGCUGGCCAAAUGGAGGAGUUUGUCAGCCGCGCAGCUGGUCGGAAGCACUUCGAAGCAUCCAUUCCUGCAAUCCGAGCAGGAGGAUAGCCAACUAGAUGCGGCGGCCCUGUCCAGAGUGCUGGAGGAGUCCAAGUCAGAAUCGCCAGCAGAGUCCCAGUCUGGCCAGGCGCAGGCGUCUCCGGUGGUCGCUCAGGCCUCUGAGGCAGACCACAUUGAGAGUGCGGCCGAGAUCGCAGCUGCAAUACAUGCAUUGGAGGCUGACUUGAACCCGCCCAAGACAACUUUCACUUCCUUCCUGGAGGGGGACGCCUAUGAGUUAUUCAUUGGCCUGCUCAUCAUCGUGAACUCCUUAGUCAUGGCAGUGGAGUUUGAAUAUCAAGGAUACGUGAUGGGCCAUGACUUGGACUACCGCAGAAUGCAAGGGCCGCCAGAGGAGGUUUGGGCGUCGGCAAGCGACGUGUUCCGGUACAUCAAUCUGGUCUUCACCGUUAUUUUUGUCGUGGACGUCACGCUCCGAAUCUCUUUCUUGCGGAUGCGGUUUUGGAAGAACUCCUUCAACUGGUUGGACUUCGUGGUGGUGGUUUGCGCCGUCACUGAGAUUCUCUUUGAAGGGCUCCUUCCCUUGGACACGGUUUUCAUCCGGCUGCUGCGCUUGGGCAAGGUGGCCCGGGCCUUCCGCGUGGUGCGCCACACGGAGGGCAUGUCGUCCCUGCUCAUGAUGCUGAAGUGCGUGCGGGCCAGCUUCAACACGCUCUGCUGGUCUCUGAGUUUCAUCGUGGUGCUCCAGUGCAUCGCGGGCAUGGUCAUCAGCCAAGUUGUGUGGCCCUACAUGAAGGACGAGUCCAAUAACAUCGACGAGCGAAGGGCAGUGUUCAGGUACUAUGGCACUUUCACCUCAACCUUCCUGACAAUGUUCGAGGUGCUGCUUGCCAAUUGGGCCCCCCCGGCGCGGAUUCUUGUGGACAACGUCAGCGACCUUUUCGUCUAUGUCUUCGUAAUCUAUCGCUGCGUGGUGGGAUUUGCGAUUUUAAACGUGGUCAAUGCGGUCUUCAUCCAGCAAACAAUGAAGGUCGCGCAGGCCGACCAGGAGCUUAUUUUGAAACAGCGGUUGCGAGCCGAAUCUGCAUACGCAGCGAAGAUGCGUGAAUUCUUUGAGAAGUUGGACAGCAACCAUUCAGGAUUUCUGACCUGGAAGGAGUUCAGUGCAGUGCUCACGGAGCCAGAGCUGAGAUCUUGGAUGGCCACCCUGGAGCUGGAAACCUAUGACCUCGUGAACCUCUUCCACAUGAUCGACGAUGGCGACGGCCACAUCACGGUGGGGGAGUUCCUGGAGGGCGCUAUCCGGCUGCGGGGCACUGCCAAGAGUGUGGACUUGGCCCAGGUUUUGAACACUACACGCCGUUUGGACGCGAAGGUCGAGGCCCUUCUGAUGUCCAUCAAGGACCUCGCGGGAUCCUCCAGCAACGUUGAAGCCUUCAAGGAUGCGGCACUUGACAAAAUGUCCAACAAGACGGUGCAACGGCUCUCGCUGCACAAGAGGCCAGCAAUAAGGUCAGGCACUGGCAGCUACGGCGUUCAGUCGCUGAUGAACACUUUUUUCAGAUCCAACACCGCCAGGACAAAGACAAGUUUCGGUCCCGCUUUGGACCCGAACGAGCUUCCGCAGAUGAUUUGA